UUAAGAUUAGACUUCUCUCAGGCAAAGUGUCCCAACCUUCUCAAGUUUUGCACCCUUAAAUCCAUUGAAAAAAAAAAAUUCAAAUCCUCCACAAGGGUCAAACUUUCAGAACCCUCUCCUGGGGUGUGCGUGUGUGUGUUGAUGAUGGCAGAAGUGAAAAGUAGCCGUGUGAAGGUGCCUUCUCUGUUAACUGUAGUUUCAAGCAAGCCAACAGCUCCGGGACGAGUUCACAAGUUUACAGCAUUGGACCAUGCCAUGGGCUUUCAUACGGGCCAUAUUGUUUUCUACUACCGGAGAAAUCCAAUUGGAGAUGGUGCCUCAAUGGAAAAUGACUUGGACAACCUUCGGAUCUCCUUGUCGGAGCUCCUAUGCUUGUAUCCGCCUGUUACAGGGCGGUUGGGCCGCGGAGCGGAUGGCAAUUGGGAAGUAAAGUGCAAUGAUGCUGGGGUGAGAAUGUUAAAGGCCAAUGUGUGUGCUACGCUUGAUGAAUGGCUGAGAUAUGCCAAUGCGGCUGAGGAGCGAGAUCUAACGGUUUGGGAAGAUUUGCCGGAUGAUCCACAUAUUUGGUCACCAUUCCGGAUCCAGAUAAAUGAUUUUAAUUGUGGCGGUCUAGCCGUUGCCAUAAGCUUUACCCAUAUGCAUGCAGAUUUUACCUCAGCAACGCUACUCAUCAAGUCCUGGGCCGAAAUUCAUCGCCAUGAACCUGUUGCUCACCCCCCGAUUUUCAAUCUGCCUUCAGUUAUCAAUGAAUCUGCUGCAUAUAGAAGGUCGUCAAGCGUGUUUUCUGAAACAAAUUCUGAAUUUGAAAUUCCCUCAGUGAGAAUGGGAAGAGCAACAUUCAAGUUCUCUGAAGCAAAGAUCAGGCAAUGUCUUUCAGAAGUGCAUGAAAGUUGCCCUGAUGCCAGUCCAUUUGAUGUUCUAGCAGCAUUAUUUUGGUCUAAAAUCACACGAUUAAAAUCUCCAGCAUGCGAUGACGACAACAAAUGCUCUCUUUCAAUGUGUAUAGACUUGAGGAAACGCGAGCGAGACUCAAUUCCUUAUGGAUAUUUCGGAAAUGCUCUACAUUUCUCAAAGUUAUCUGUGAAUGCUGAAGAAUUACAGAGCGAUAGACUAGCUUAUAUAGCAGGACUUGUGCAUCAGCAUGUGGGAAGCAUUCGGGAUGAAGAAUUCUGGGCUAAUGUGGCUUGGCUUGAAUCGCACAAGAAGGAAGGGGGGCAGUAUCCACCACCUUUCCAGCUGUUUGGCUGCCAACUAACAUGUUUGAGCAUGGAAAAUACAAUCAGUUCAGAGGGAUCAUUUACUUAUGCAGCAAUGUUUAAACAAAAUGAGAAGCCUAUCCAUGUGAGCUAUCAAAUAGGGAAUGUGGGAGGUGAAGGUUUGAUUCUGGUAAUGCCUUCACCUGAGGAGGGAUUAGCAAGAAUUGUGAUGGUUACGUUACCAGAAGAGCAGAUUGUCAAGCUUUGUGAAGAUCAGACUAUUUUAGGAUUGCAGCCUUCAAUGCUGUUAAACGGAAAACAAUGAAGGAUGUCUUUUAAAUGGUUAGUGAUAAUGAAAUGCCCCACGGAUUGUUG